UCUGUUUCGUUGUUGUUGUUGUUGUAGUCGAGCGGAGCUGUUAUUGUGUCCGCAGAGUGGACAGCGUCUCCGCAGCACUGACAGUGUAGAAACAGCAUGGAGCGGCGUAGCACCCUUUGACUAUAUGCAGGCGACAUUGCAAAGAAAAGCAAGCUAACUGCCUAUCCUAAGAAAGCUCAUCUGGACAAAAAAAGCUAGCAAACCACGUUUUCUUUCCAACAUGGAAAUAGAGAAGAGGACAAAUGGGCUCGAGUUCCAGGAAAGGGGAGAUGCGAAGGCUGUGAAUGAUUGUAAGCAGGAGAGUACGACGGCAGCUACAAACCGCUUCUUUGUAGAACACUCCCUUGAAAGUGAACAACUGAAUGGAAUGGAUGAUCGGGCUGAUCAGCGUACUUGUCUUAUAUGUGGAGACAGAGCCACGGGUCUGCAUUAUGGAAUCAUUUCUUGCGAAGGAUGUAAAGGGUUCUUCAAGCGCAGUAUUUGCAACAAAAGGGUCUACAGAUGCAGCCGGGACAAGAACUGUGAAAUGUCACGCAAGCAGCGGAACAGAUGCCAGUACUGCCGUCUGCUCAAGUGCCUCCAGAUGGGCAUGAACCGUAAAGCAAUCAGGGAAGAUGGCAUGCCAGGAGGAAGAAACAAAAGUAUUGGGCCUGUCCAGAUAUCAGACGAAGAGAUUGAAAGAAUUAUGACUGGACAAGAAUUUGAGGAGGAGACCAGUAUGCCAUGGAGUAAUAUUGGAGAUAGUGAUCACAGCUCCCCUGGCAAUGGGGUUUCUGAAGCCAACCAGCCGUCGCCUGUUUCCACUCUGUCAUCCAGCAGGUCGCUGGAGAUGAAUGGAUACAGCACAGCACUCAGGGAUCAAUACAUUGGUACGCAGUUAUCCUCGCAUUACCAGUACCUGCCGCACAUUUUUAACUAUGCUGCACAAUCUGGGCUGCUCCCUCCAAAGUCCCGCAGCCUGGAUCCUCAGUCACAGACGUUAAUCACCCAAUUAGUUGCUGCUGAAGAUCUGGAACCACUUGGCACGCCGAUGCUUAUUGAAGAGGGAUAUAAAGUGACACAAGCCGAACUGUUUGCGUUGCUCUGCAGACUGGCAGAUGAGCUACUCUUCCGACAAAUCGCCUGGAUCAAGAAGCUGCCUUUUUUCCUUGAGCUUUCAAUCAAAGAUUACACCUGUCUCUUGAGCAGCACCUGGCAGGAGUUGAUCUUACUCGCCUGUCUCACUGUUUACAGCACGCAAAUCUUUGGGGACCUGGCCAAUGUCACAUCCAAGUACUCCCCGUCUGAUGAGGAACUGCAAAGGUUCAGUGAAGAUGGCAUGGAAGUCAUGGAGCGUUUGAUAUACCUUUUUCGAAAGUUUCAUCAAUUGAAGGUCAGCAAUGAAGAGUAUGCCUGCAUGAAAGCCAUCAACUUUCUAAAUCAAGAUAUCCAGGGUCUCUCAAAUGUCUCUCAGUUGGAGCAGUUGAACAAGAGAUACUGGUAUGUGUGUCAGGACUACACGGAGUUCAAGUACUCACAUCAGCCCAAUCGCUUUCCUGAGCUCAUGAUGUGUCUCCCUGAAAUCCGCUACAUUGCAGGAAAAAUGGUGAAUGUUCCUUUGGAGCAGCUUCCUCUCCUGUUCAAAGCAGUUCUGCACUCCUGCAAGUCAAGUAUCAACUAAGAAGGCUCUGCCUUACCGCCAUGCCUCUGAGGAAGGGAGGCUGAUGAUGUUGAAUGUCUGCGAUCGACCUUAAAGGGGACGUGAAGUGCAAAGCGAGUCCCUGUGAAUGUGACAAGCAGCUAUUUUUUACUUUUUUUGGUCUUUAUAUAUUUAUUUCACGACAGAGUUGAAUGUAUGAUCUUCAACACAGUGCACAUGCUUCUGUACAAAAAGAAUGCAAAGAAGUGUAUUAUUCUUGCAGUUUACAUUGUUUUUGAUAUUAAGUGUUACAGCGUUGUCAUUUUAGCAUUAGGGGUUUUUUAUCAUUUUUUUUUUUUUUUGUAGGGGCUGAGAUAAAUAUUUGAAAUGUUUUAUUGUGAAACUACCUCAGGAACAAUUAUUGUAUCAUUUUGCUUUUGAAAACCUUUCCGGGUCCAAGCAGAUCUUCAUUAGAAUUUCAAAACUGUCACCUUGAAGGCAAAUCACAGCGGUACGAUUUACUAAAGGAAGGGUUCCUGUGUCCAGAUUUGAAUUUUUGCCAUGCAACACACUAUUGUGAUAAUCAUUAUUAUUAUUAUUAUUUUAAUUUUUUUUUUUGUAUUGCAGGGCAUUUCAAAUUCAUAUUUAACAUUGGAUUGUUUUAAGCCUGAGCGUAUGGUCACUUUUUUUUUGUCAAGAAUUUGGGCGGUGACAUUCGUUUAAGAAAUUUAAAGUGGUCGUUUGCUCAAGUGUUUUAAAAUAGCUGGCAAAAACCAAUUGUGACUGAAUUAUUAGGUGAUGUAAAAAAAAAAAAAAAAAUUUCUAGGCCAUUUUCUUUCGCAUCUGUAAGCCUACAUGGUGGCAGUUUUGUUCAGCCACUUCAGCUUGCUCUGAAGUCACUCCAUGUGCAAUUCUACCUCAUUAAAUUAUGUAAAGAAGAAAGAAUCAUUUUAUAGAGAUGAAAAUGUAUAUAAUAUACGGGUAUUUUUGAAUAGACAAUGGCUGGUGUUAGAGCCAAAGCAGGAUUCUUUUCUGAACACACCCGGACCACCCCGAGUGGAAAUAUACUAUGCACAGUAAUUUCAAUCCAAUCCACUCCACACUCCAGGGGAGUACCAGAUUUGGACUUCUCAGGAAAAACUUUUCUGCUCUCACACCUACCUCGAAUGUGUUUUAUAUGAUUUAGAAGUUUUUGUGUAUUCAAGAUUUAGUUUCAGCUCCAGUGUCCUAAUGGGAUUCCUUAUUGUUUCUGUUUUUUUUUUUUUUAAAUCGUGUAGGACUUGAGGCCUAUAUGAAGUUGUGUUUCUUCCUUCUUGCGCUCUCUCUCUCUCUCUGUCUUUCUUUUUUCCUAUUUCUCUUGCUCAAGUCGUUUAUGACUUGUGUUUUGAACAGGGUAAAGUAAAUGUGUUGUCUUGCAUUUUAAAUUUACUCAGGUAUUAGUAUGUGAGACUAAUGGUAGAUUAGCGGUGAUUUUUAGGUCAUUCUGUAGUUCUUUUCCUAAUGGAUUUGAAGGGUGACUAAGAGCUCGAUUUUAGCUUGCGUGACAGCCAAGUGGAGCUCUAAACCAUGCAAGCGACUCGAUGAACAAGAAAAAAACGAAAAAAAAAACAAAAAGAUGUGUGCUCGAUUUACAUUUGUAAGCAUUCCUCAGCAGAAAAGUGCAUUUAAGGAAAGCACAAAGUUUACAGACCUAUUUGCACCAGACAAUGGAAAAUGCGCCUCCCAGACCCCUUUACCCGUCCAGCCCUCUCCCUUUACCAGUAGAAUAUGGUUCCUUAAAUGCAGACCGUUGUGGCCAGUUUGGUGAGGACCACCCUGCAGAUGAGUUGUACCGUAUGACACAAACUGCACCUUCAAAUCCAUACUGCUGUAUGUUUCAAGUUUCUGUUCUGUCGUUCCUUAAGUACAUGUUGUGAGGACCCCCCCUUUUUUUUUUUUUUUUUACUCGCUAUUAUUAUUAAUUUUUUUGUUUUGGUUUUUAUUUACCCCUUCCCGUUGAGUUGAUGUGAAAAUUAAAGCUGGUGACUGUGAAUAUAUAUCUCUGUCUUUCUCAGGAUGAUGAUGGGCAAUCAUUCUUGCCACCUAAUGUAGGGCAGAAAAGGGAAUGAA